UGCCCGUUGACAGUCGAAGAUUGACUGCUACCUGGACAUUAGCUAUGGAUAGAAGCGCAGAGCUAUAUAAGAUGCACGAAUCCCCGUUCAGUCCUGGGGCAGAAAGUCUGUAUCGUUGGAUACCUGCUAGGCCCCGUUAAAAACCGCCAGGAUGGCAGAUGAAACCGAUUUCAAGAGCGAUUUGUACAAAGUCUCUGUCUCUCCGUUUGUCCUAGAGCGAAAUGGACAGUAUGACAACGCCAUCACAGCAUACCGCAAUGCGACCGAGAUAUUGGAUGUGCUGGUAAAGAAAUUGAAGAAGUCGACGGCCCCAAAGAUCAAUCGAAAGAUGUUUGAGCGACAAAUCAAAGUGCAUAGUGAGCGACUGGUAUACCUCGAGGGGUUGAAAGCCAAAGGAAGCUUCGACAGCAUCGUAUUGCCUCCCACCGUCCUGGACGCAGUGGCGGAAUUAGAAGCAACGGAAGGACCGAGAACAUUAACGCAGGGCCUUCGAAAAGAGAAACUCGAGUCCAGCCCGGCUCCGGCGCAUCUUCAGGCGCUGCUGAACCCGAAUUCCGAGCAAAUCCCCUUCUUCAGUCCGACGCUUGAUCCCUCAAUGCCGCCGAUCACCUACCGGAUCACACACUCCUCUGAGCUGGUUGCCCUCGGGAUGCGAUCACAUUGGUAUUUCGUCAAGGAUGCCAGCAACACUCACGUUCUCUACGGGCUCCAGUUCGUCUGGAGUGAUAGCGUGCCUAUCGUCAACGCGGUGCUUCGUCGAGCCGGCGAGUUCCUACCGGGUAUGGGCGCCGUCGGAGUGCGUCUUCGGAAAACGCCCGGCGGCAGCUUUCGCGUCGAAACUACGACCCUGCCGGACAUUGGGGCCGUCAUGGAGACCCCCGACGGCGCGAAGCAUCGGAAGGAUUGGUCCCCGCGGCGAUUCACGUAUGGCGGUAGGAACUUCGUAUGGAAGAGCGGAGAGAAGCGCAUGUUCAACGCGUUUUCCUGGGAAACGCUCUACGAGACCAAGCGAGUGUGGGCCAAAGAAGGCAGUCAGACCGGGAAGAUGGAGGACGAGACGGUUGGGCCGCGACUCUGCUGGGGUGAGAAGAAAGGAGGUAGCGGCGCGGACCACACCAUCUAUAUGGCCCACGGGCUGGACAUAUAUUUCCGAGAGCAUUUGCUGGCCGUGCAGUUGGCAAGACUGGCGCGGACGAGUUAUCCCCCGGCCAAAGACACAUCGGGCGUCGAGGCGGUUGGGGCGGGUUUCGCACUGGUCGGGUUUCUGGAAGCUAUCUCUUAACUCAAGCAGAGAUAUCCCUGCCAAAAUGCCAGUUCAUACGACAGAAUUGCGCUUGCUAGGCAAAGAGUCGUAGCUGAAAAUCACCGGCCAGCCCCGUGCACGCGGCAUGCCAAUAGACUUUGGCCGCCAUGAAUCCAAGGCAAGGCUCGGAACUAGAACGGGGCCUUCAUGAUGAGGUCAAAUCAUACUGCGAAGACAGGUCAGAGU